AUGGCGCCGAAAAACCUCCGCAACACUUACACGCCACCUUCUCACCCACAUCUCAAACCCAUCAUCAUCUGCGGCGUUGUCAUGGCGCUCUCUGCCGCUCCUGUACCGGCCAUGUUCCACCCUGACAACUUCGGCUCACCACUCCCGGAGAAUGUUGCUACAGCUGGCCGAUGGAUCCAAGCUGGCUUGUUCUACUUCCUUUUUGGCGCGCAUGCAGUUGAGACGGUCAUGUUUAUGAAGCGACUGAAAGAGCACGGUGUUGGCUUCAUGAGUGCAGCGUGGUGGAAGUGGGUCGGAACUUGUUUUGUUGGAGGACAAUUCUGCUUCAAGCAUUUUGACAGGGUGGUGGGUAAGCAGCUGUAG